ACCAUCCAAGAGAGUAUUUGAGUUUGGGUUCUUACUCUUCUUUCUCUGCCAGAAUUUUACUUGUUUCGGUUCUGUCGAGGUGUUCCUCGCCAAGCAAAAUAGUAUCAUAUAAAUUGCAUCUAAAGGUUCUGGAUCUGACUGUAAAUUAGGUUUUUUUUCUUAUAUCUGGAAUAGAAUGAAAUCUGUAGUCAAUGAUUGUUGAAUUUCUGUUGUUUGGAUUAAUGGGUUCUGUUUCUUGAUGCCUGAAGUCAUCAUUUGGGGUUUAAAGUUUUGGUCUUUUCUGCUUCAUGUGCAAUGAAUUAGAGCUUACAUUUCGAGUUUGGAGUAGAACUGCUAUUGUACAAUCAGGGUUUUGGGUUUUUUGAGUUUGAGAAUUUCUGCCAUGGUUGGUAGUCCUGGAGAAUCAUCUGAAUCUGGGUCUAUUGUAUCUAAUUCUCACUCGUUGAAAAAUGGGGGUUUGCAUGAUGACGAUGGUUGUCCUAGGCAAGUGUCACCAAUUAGAAUCAGUGGGUCGAGGAAUACAAGUCCUAUCGGUUGUGUUGGAUCAAGGAAUACUAGCCCUUCUCGCCAAAAGGUGAUUAAGACCAAGCCCCGUGGUUUAGAUGAGGAAACGGUAGCUACAUUUGGUAAGGUUGUUCACCCAGAUGUUCAAAUGGAGGAUAACAUAUGGGCAAUGUUGCCUGAGGAUCUGUUGAACGAGAUUUUAUUAAGGGUUCCUCCGUUUAUGAUCUUUCGUCUUCGUUCAGUUUGUAAAAGGUGGAAUUCAAUUCUCCAAGAUAGUUGUUUUCUUAAAUUUCACUCACAAGUGCCCUCUCAUGGGCCUUGUCUUUUGACAUUUUGGAAGAACUUGCAGACCCCACAAUGUUCAGUUUUCAGCUUGCCCCUGAAAGCUUGGUAUAGAAUUCCGUUUACAUUUUUGCCACAGUGGGCAUUUUGGUUGGUUGGUUCUUCAGGAGGCCUUGUUUGUUUUUCUGGACUUGAUGGGCUAACUUUCAAAACUUUAGUUUGUAAUCCGCUCACGCAAACUUGGAGAACAUUACCAGGCAUGCAUUAUAAUCAGCAAAGGCAGUUGAUAAUGGUUGUGGAUAGAAUAGACCGCUCAUUCAAAGUGAUAGCCACUGGUGAUAUUUUUGGGGACAGGUCAUUGCCUACUGAAGUGUAUGAUUCAAAACUUGACAGAUGGUCGCUUCACCAGAUAAUGCCUGCAGUCAACCUUUGCUCCUCAAAGAUGGCAUAUUGUGACUCUAGAUUGUACCUGGAAACCCUUUCACCGCUUGGUUUGAUGAUGUAUAGGCUUGACCCUGGUUACUGGGAACACAUUCCAGCAAGAUUUCCCAGGUCCUUGCUGGAUGGAUAUCUGGUAGCCGGCACUCAGAAGCGUCUGUUUUUGGUUGGAAGGAUUGGCCUUUAUAGUACUCUUCAGAGUAUGAGAAUUUGGGAAUUAGAUCAUGCUAAGAUUACAUGGGUGGAGAUUAGUAGGAUGCCACCAAAGUAUUUUCGAGCUCUGUUGAGGUUAUCAGCUGAAAGAUUCGAGUGCGUUGGUCAGGACAACUUGAUUUGCUUUACAUCUUGGAAUCAAGGAAAAGGUCUUCUAUAUGAUGUGGAUAAGAAGGUCUGGUCUUGGAUUCCUGGAUGUGCUCUUCAAUCAUACAACAGCCAGGUCUGUUUCUAUGAGCCAAGAUUUGAUGCGUCCAUCUAUUGAGCUGGAAAUCUUGCUUGCUCUCAAUGCCCUGCUCUUUCUUCAGAACAUUCAAUAACUAGGCCUUGUUCUAUUGGCUGAUUGUGACUGGUGAGUUCAGUUCCUCUGGCUUUGCAUGCUAAAUUGUAAUUAUUCGUCGACCUAGGAAUCAUUUCACAUCACUGAGUUUUCUUAUCAGCUAACGAUUGUAUGACUUGGAAUCAAGAUUCUAUGAUGCCUUUGGCUUGAGCAGUGUCGACCUAGGAAUCAUUUCAUAUCACUGAGUUUUCUUGUCUGCUAACGAUUGUAUGACUUGGAAUCAAGAUUCUAUGAUACCUUUGGCUUGAGCAGUGCUGCACUCAAGUCGUUUGGAUAGGUACUUAAUGGAUAAUGAUAUCUUGGAGAAAAUUUGUAAGA